AUCGAUUCCCAUUCCUUAAGCCCCAAGACUUGUGCCCAGCGGCAGUGCCGCCAGGGUUAGGGUUUUUCAUUUCAAACUUUAAACUUUACAGUACACUCAAGUCAAUACCAAAUAAAAUUUUCCUUUUUUUUUUAACUUCGAAGAAGAAACAUAAACGAAAAAUAGAAAACAUAUGAGAUUUGAUAGUGGGUUGCAGAAUAUUGGAAGCUUGUGCUUAUGCCCAACCCAAAUCAAGAGUAUUAUGACCCGGUGCUCUCUCUAAUCUCUGAAUCUCCAAAGUUAGACAAAGGUUGGCCACCCAAGCCAAAACCACCUCCAAAAGCUCCAGUAAAACCAGAUCCCCCUCCAUUGCAGCCAUGAUUUGACCAAAGAAAGAGAUGGGUUUUUCUGGCCUCCUCCAAAUCUGCUGGUUUCUGGUUUUCUUUCUAGUGUUUGCGAGCUCCGACCUCCUGGUUUACAAGGGCUGCUCAAAAAGGAGCUUUCAAGGCAAUGGAGCUUUUGAGCAAAACCUCAAUGUCCUGCUUCAAUCUCUGGUUUCUCAAUCUGAAGCCACCUUGUUCUUCAAAUCCACUUCUGGGUCAGGCCAGAAUGCCAUUUUAGGUUUGUUUCAGUGUAGAGGUGAUCUCUCUAAUGGAGAAUGUUACCGUUGUGUGAGUUCGAUCCAAAGCCAGGUGUUCGAGCUUUGCGGUAAGACCAUGGCUGCAAGGGUUCAGUUGCAGGGUUGUUAUUUACAGUACGAUAACCCUAAUUAUCCUGAGAUCUCAUCAAGCAAUAUGCUUUUCAAGACCUGUAACAAUAUUCAGGUAUCAGAUGACGGUUUUGUACAGAGGAGAGAAGCAGUUUUUGCAGAUAUAGAGAGUGGCUUAACAAAUGGACAUGGGUUUUAUAAGGAGAGUUAUGGUGGGAUUUAUGCCUUUGCUCAGUGUGAAGGGGAUUUGGGGGUCGCUGAUUGUGGUGAGUGUGUCAAAAACGCCAUUAAUGAGGUGAAAAGGCAGUGUUAUGAUGGGAUUUCAGGUGGGGUUUAUAUGCCCAAAUGUUAUGUCACAUACUCUUAUGGCUCUUCUGGUUCGAGAUCCGGUUCACCAGGUACAGGUUUCCAUUUGAUUUAACAGGGGAAUUACUCUCUCUCUCUCUCUCUCUCCAUUGAAAAAUUAUAGCUUUUACAUGGGCUCCCAGCAUCUGUUUGUUAAGAGAACCAAAUCAUCAGUAUUUUUGGUCUCUCUAUGUUCUAAUGGAAAAUUAUCUUUCUUAAUCGAUCUUCUCUCUCAUAACCCCUUCCUCACACCUGAAAAUUACCAGCUUUCUCUCUCCCUCCCUCUCUCUCUCUAUUUUAGAGAGAGAAACCCAUCUCUUUUUUAUUGCUCUAUCUGUAAUUUUAA